ACAGGAAGUGUGGAUUUUAUUGUCUUUGUGGGUUGACUGUGGUCCUGCUCGCUCAGCCUCCUCCGGUUGUCGCCAUGGUGCAGAUGAUGGAGUCGCAGUGCGAGUAUUUCAUGUAUUUUCCGGCGGUGCCCAUCACGGACCUGUCGGACCCGGCCCGCUACCGCAGCCUGCCCCGCCGGAGUCACCUCUACGUGGGCGAGACGGUCCGCUUCCUCUUGGUGCUGCGCUGCAGGGACGGAGGGGCGACGCCAUCCGAGCACGGCCCCGGUAAGGCCGGGGGGAGGACACCGGGAGGACACAAGGAGGGAGGAGCGGAGGGAGACUGCAGCGUCUGGAGCAGCGACAGCACCGCAGCAGGCUUUGGGACGGAGUCGGCCAGUAGUCGGGCGUGGAGGGAGCUGGCUGGCUCUCUGUGCGCGGUGGCCAGCGUGAGUCCAGGUGACAGUUGCCGCCAUAGAAGCAACCACCACCAUCAUCACCACGACUACCAGAACAGCGGGGAUGAGGCCAACGAGGAUGGCGAGGAGGAUUACAUCGCUGCAGCGGAGGCAGCCAUUGCAGCACUUGGCAGCAGGGUGGACCCUCGCUGUCGCAGCUUCAGGGACUGCAAGCCCCUGCUCAUCCACAAUUCAUCUGGGACGGCGGCGAGGGAGUUCCGCAGGGCACCUGUUCAGUCGCCUCUGGACGAGCCGGUGGUUCUGACGGACGAAGUGAUCUUUCCCCUCACCGUCUCUCUGGACAAACUCCCCGUCAGCACCCUAAAAGUCAAGGUGAUGGUCACGGUGUGGAAGAGGGAGGCAGAGAAAGCAGAGGUGCAGGAGCUCGGCUACCUGAGCGUCCUGCAGCAACGAGAACCAACACACACCUUCAGACACGACCUGAACACCUUCAAGGCUCAGGUGAGCACCACCCUGACUGUCCUGCCGCCUCCCACCGUCCGCUGCAAGCAGAUGACCGUCUCCGGGAGACACCUCGCCGUCCUCAAAGUGUUCAACGAGUCUUCUCAGGAGGAGCUAAGUAUUCGGGAAAUACGCAUUCUACCAAACCUCAACGCUUCCUACCUUCCUAUGAUGCCUGACGGCUCCGUGCUGCUGGUGGACAACGUGUGCCACCAGUCGGGUGAGGUCGGCAUGGCGUCUUUCUGCAGGGUGGACAGUCUGGCCGGAUGCCUUCCCAGCAUGCUCAGUGCUUUGGAGGAACAUGACUUCCUGUUCCAGCUGCACCUCAAUGACAUGCCGCAAGAUGACUCCAGCGAGGGGCUGGAGGUUCCCCUGGUUGCUGUGCUGCAGUGGUCCACUCCCAAGAUGCCUUUCACCAACUGUAUCUACACACACUACAGGUUGCCCAGCGUCCGUCUGGACCGGCCGCGGUUCGUCAUGACGGCCAGCUGUCCGAGCACUGUGAGGGUGAAAGAACACUUCAAGGUCAAAUACGUUCUGCUCAACAACCUGCAGGACUUCCUGGCCGUUCGACUCGUCUGGACUCCAGAGGCUCGUGGUCAGGGUGAGGACACAGCUCUGGCUGCUGUGGUCUGUCACACUCCUGUCAGUAAUCUCGGUCACUGCCGUAAAGGAAGCACUCUGUCAUUCAGCGUGGCCUUCCAGAUCCUCAAACCAGGACUGUACGAGCUCAGUCAGCACAUGAAGCUGAAGCUGCAGUUCACGGCAUCCGUGUCCAACCCUCCGCCUGACGCCCGGCCGCUGUCACGUAAGAACAGCCCGUCCAGCCCGGCGGUUCGAGACCUGCUGGACCGACACCAGGCCAGUCUGGGUCGAUCCCAGUCCUUCUCCCAUCAGCAGCCGUCUCGUUCCCACAUCAUGAGGACGGGCAGUGCCAUGGAGCGCCGGGCCAUCACUCCUCCUGUUGGCUCUCCGGUUGGUCGGCCUCUUUACCUGCCGCCGCAGGACAAAUCACUGCUGUCGCUGGACAAGAUCGCCAAGAGGGAGUGCAAAGUGCUGGUGGUGGACCCCGCCAGCUAGGAGACGAGGGAGUGAGGAGGGAAGAAAGGACGAGGACGCAGUGAGGAGACGCAUCGUAAGAGGAAAAUGCUUCUCAUUUGUAAAAUGAACAAGUGAGGACAAAACAGAAGGAGAGUGUGAGAUGGAAACACACACACACCAGUUGACUGAAACCUCACAACACCAACCUGAGCUGCCAACAGCUGACAGUUAGCCGUUAGCAGCUAACUUAAAGACGGUUUGAAUUCAGUGAGUGUUGUUUUCGCUGCUGUAUUAUCGGUGUUGUCAUGUCGAACAGGCGUGACUUCAGAAUGUAACACAACACGUGUACUGCAUGCAUUUCAGUUCAAUAAUAAAAGUUUAAAGUGC